AUGGGCAAAUCAAAGAAACCCAGAGCCGGCCACCGCAGCGAUCCCGUUGCCAAAACCGUCAAGCCUCCUUCAGAUCCUGAAUUGGCUGCCCUCAGAGAGAGCAAGAUUCUCCCCAUCAUCAACAAUCUCAAAAGCGCCGAUCCAAAGUCCCGUUCUACGGCCGCGUCUGUAAUUUCCAGCAUCAUCCAGGACACAAAGUGCCGCAAACUGCUGCUCCGAGAGCAGAUCGUCUACACGGUUCUUACUCAGACUCUGACAGACGCCGCGCUUGAGAGCAGAGCCGCUGGAUGGGGCAUCUUGCAGGUGCUUGCUCAAGAGGAGGAGGCCGACUUUUGCGUUCAUCUCUACCGACAGGAUGUGCUGACGGCGAUUGAGUUUGCUUCAAAGCUGAUUCAAGACAAGGUCCUCUCAAAAGAGGCCCCCUUUGCAAAGCUACCCAAAGCGGAAAAGGGAUUUACAUCAAGCAUUGCGGCAUCUCUUGUCUCACUACUGAUGGCCCUGGCUGAGGCGGAAGAUGAGAUUCUGGAAUCAAUCUCCAACAACAACACCAUCACCAGCCUGCUCUUCUCACUCAUCACAUAUACCUCUCAGGACGAUGAAGAUCCUAUAUCGGCCAUCCGUGGAGACGCCAUGGCUUGCCUGAUGGUCUUAUCCGAGGACAACACGAACCUAGCAAAAUACAUGACAAGCACUCCCGCCAGCAUCGCCUGCUACGAGACACUGGUAUCCCUAAAGGACGACGUCAGCGGCGAUGGCGUCUUGGCCUGCACCGUGCUUCACAACAUUUACGCCUCUCUUCUCGAAGUGAAGAAUCUGUCGCCAACGAUCGAUGUGGCUGACGACGCAGAUCUGAUACCAACGCUCACCAAGGCUAUGGCUGGCUUUGUCCCCGGCCAGGGCGAGGCAAACGGCAGCGGCUGGUCCAGCCCAUCAGAGUUUCAGCAGCUGGCCUUGGAGACAAUUGCAUCCAUUGGCACAAGUCUUGGUGUUGAGAUGGGAGGCUCCGCUCAGCUGUUCACGAAGAAGGAAUUUGGAAGCGGUGCGGCCGCGGCUGGGAAGGAAAGUGGCGAUGAGAAUGACGAUGAAGAUAUGGACGAGGCUGGUGAUGAUGUCGGUGAUGAUAUCGAGGGCGAGGAUGGAGAUGAGGACGAGGGCGACGAUGACGAUGACAUGAAUGAAGAUGAGAUUGAAGCCGACAUGGACAUGGUCACUGGCGUCGAUCACGGCGACGACAACAUUGACGAUCUCCCGACCCUCAAGUCUCUCGUGCAAAUCGCCAUUCCCGAGCUCAUCCGCCUCGCCAGCCUCCAGCCAACCGACGACCUCUCCCUCAAGAUCCAAGGCCACGCCCUCUCCGCCCUCAACAACAUCGCCUGGUCCGUCUCCCUCAUCGACUUCUCCGAAGACUCCAACAACGAUGUGCUCGGCGCCUGGACCCCCAUCGCCCGCGCCCUCUGGCAGCAAGUCGUCUCCCCCAUCCUCGCCUCCGACACCGCCGACGUCGAUCUCGCCACGCAAGUCACCAGCAUUGCCUGGGCCGUCGCCCGCGCCCUCCACGGCGAGACGCCCCUCCAGCCCAACGAGCACCGCAAGUUUGUGUCCCUCUACCAGGCCACCAAGGGGGCGCCCGCGCUGCAGGACCCCGAGGAUCCCUUCCAGGCGCUCGGCGUCAAGUGCGUCGGUGUGCUGGGGCAGCUGGCGCUGAAUCCGGCGCCUGUGGAUCUGAACCGCGAGAUUGGAACGUUCCUUGUUACUCUUGUUGCGGGCCUUCCCGGGACUCCUACUGCGGAUGCUGUCGAGGCGUUUAAUCAGCUUUUCGACAUUUACGGAGACGAGGAGUAUGCAUACGAUGCAGAGGUUUUCUGGAAGAGCGAUUUCUUGAAGCAUCUUGAUGGAACCGUGUCAAAGGCAAAGGCAAUGGCCAAGAGCGUCAACAAGAGCCAACAACCAGAGCUGAGAGACAGGGCAGAUGAAGUUGUCAUGAACUUGACGAGAUUCUUGUCAUAUAAGAAGAAGCACAAGCCGAUGCAAAUGACAGUAAGAGAGAGGAGUUGAUGGAGAAGAAAAAAUCUUAGAAAGUAGAUGUAUAUUUGUAAUGGAUAAGACUACAUAAAUCGCAUAGUACGCCAUGAGAUAAAAUAAAGAUGAAGAAGAGUUGAAACAAUCUGAAAUCUUCAAUUGCGCCUUUCCUUUCAAUGUAUGCCCAUUCAUCAACACCGCUCAAAAACCCUAUAAAGUCCCUUCAAACUAGCCACCUCCAACACAGCUCCGUCCAUGAGCCUCUUCGUCGCUACCAGCCGUGACCUAAACGCCGGAAAGAAGAUGUGCUCAACAGCCCACCUGACGUGCUGCCUUCUGGUCCUCACUUCUUCGAGGGUCGUAUUGUCGUCGUCUCCUUGUUCUGGUUCAUCUCUAGUUUCAUUUUUCCCCUCUGGAGACGUGGGCAGUGCCUCGGGAACAUAAAACGUCGCCAGCUCGGUGAUGAAGGUCUGAAAGCACUCCUUCUCAUCGUCCCAGUUGACAUGAGGUCCGAGACGGAUGAGAAACCGGGGAAGCUUGCCCAGGGAUGGCGUGUAGCCCUUGACGAGGAGCGGGAUGGAAACCAGCUCGCCCGUGGGGGUAAUUUCGAGAGAAAAGUACGCUUGAAGCAUUUCUCUUCGUUCAAUUAGCCGAAUCGCUACCUUUGCGACCAACGAGUCGACAUUGAGUUCUUCGUCGGUAGCUCCCAUGGCCUCCUUUUCGACUUCGGCCCCGAUUUUGAGAAUUUCUCGGAGGUUUAGAGGCGGGUUGAAAUUGAUAACGCCAAAGUUACCAAAAUCCGUGAGGCCUAGCUGAUAAAAGUACUCAAAACACGUGUGCCCAUAGUCUAUCAGAUAGAGUUUCACGCCUCCCUGAAUGGCAGCCAGUCGCCGUCCUUCAUCGACUACACCAACAAAGGUAUGCGAAGCAAUAAUCUCCGUUAGCUCGUGGUGAAUCUCGUCGCGGACUUGUUGGCGUAGUUCCUUGACACUCUUAAGGCGGCAUUGUAUUUGCUCACGAUCCGUUGUUUCAUACGUGACUGGCUCUGGGAUAGCCCAUGCUUCAUCUUCGAGAGCUCCAGCG